AUGUAUGAGAAGGAAAUUGUCGAAGUAUUUGUGCGGGUUCAAGAUCCCGAAUAUUAUGACAGAAUCAUGUUGCUCGUUGGAGCAAAGUUUGCUGAAAUAGUCAAGGUAGGUGGGACUAUCGAUGAUGGAUUGAGAACCGAAAAGAUCGCCCGUGUUGCUGCCUCGACCGGAUCCUUGGGUUUGUUGAAGAAGAAAAUAGAAGAUGUGUCUUUUAUCUCUUAUGAAGUUUACCAAACUCCACCUCAUCACUACCGGAAUGUCACCCCCAACUAUGCUAACGUUCAAGCAAAUUACCAAACUCCUCCCCGAAUGUACCAAACCCCAACUCCACUUUACCAAAAUACCCCCUCGAAUUAUCAAGCUCCACAACCAAACUACCAAACCAACUCAUAUCCCAGAUAUCAAAUCCCCCGUCCAAACACUCUAAAUUAUCGUCAAAUGCCUCCUCCUCAACAAGGCAAUUACGAUCACUCCCGUCCUAGAUUUGAGAAGAAGCCUGCUAGAAAUUUCACACCGCUCAUUGAAAGUCGAACAAAGUUGUUCAAGCGAUUAACUGCGGCAGGAUAUAUUCAUCCUGUAGGGCCUAAACCGAUUGACACUAGCUCAAAGUUUUACAGACCUGACCAGAGGUGCGUAUAUCACUCCAACAGUGUUGGACAUGAUACCGAGGACUGUAUUAACCUGAAACAUAAGAUUCAAGACCUGAUUGACCAGAACGUGUGCGUGACAAAGACAAUAGUUCCGAUUGUUCCUGAUGAACUAGAAAGGGUUGUAGCCUCGUUGAGCAUUAGAGAGAAGAAAAACUUUAUGAUUCUGACACCUGAGAAGGCUGUUGCCUUGGUGCCACGAGAAAUUCUUACCCGACCAAAGUUUGUGAUUGAAACGGCUGCUACCCAGGGUAUGACCAGAUCAGGCAGGUGCUACACACCGAAAGAGUUGGCUCAAGGAAGGCAGAAAAAGGACCAAACAAAAAGGUUGAUCAGUGAAGCCGAGGCCAAGGAGUUCUGGAGAAAAAUGCAGCCGAAAGAUUAUUCAAUUGUGAAGCAUUUGGAGAAGACGCUAGCUCAGAUUUCUGUAUGGGCUUUGUUGAUGAGUUCACAACUACAUAGGCAAGCGUUGAUGAAGGCUCUGGAUGAUACUUAUGUGCCCGUGGGUACAAACAGUGACAAUCUAGCAGCCAUGAUAAACCAGGUCAUUCGAGGACACCGAAUCAGUUUUUGUGACGAAGAGCUUCCAUUUGAAGGCAGGAUGCACAACAAAGCUCUGCAUGUCACCAUCAAAUGCCGAGACAAAAUUAUAAAUCAUGUCUUGGUCGACGAUGGGUCCGGUCUCAACAUCUGCCCGCUUUCGACUCUCAAGCAGCUGAAAUUCGACUUGGGAAAGGUUCAACAAAACUAG